CAAAAUUCAUUAUUUACAGAAUGAUUUUUCGUAAAUGUGUUGUCUUAUAUUUGAUCGUUGUUUCUGUGUGUAUACAAGGAACCGACACCUGCAAUCAAACGGGACCGAACGGCCAGUGCUGUGAGCAUUACAGAUGGAACACAACAACAGGAGAAUGCACUCCCUGCCCUCAAGGGUACACAGGGGAGACGUGCGAUGCAAAAUGUCCUUAUCCAACAUACGGAGUUGCUUGUCAGAGUGUCUGCGCCUGCAAGAUAAUGUUUUGUAACGUUGUGACAGGAUGCCCUGUUACUACAGGUACAACGAUGGAAAAGGAGAAAAUAUACACUUCGGAAUCACAUGUAAUUUCUUUUGAUGUCUCGUACAAUGCGACUAACACUCAAAAGGAAAUGUCAACGGUGAAUUCCAAGAGCAACAUCAGAAUUCCAAUAGAAGAAAUAAAAGGAUGGACACAACAUCAGCGACACAUAAUGAUUGCCAUUAUCUGUCUGUCAGUAUUGAUGAUAUUCGGAUUUUCCAUUUAUCUAAUGUUUUCUCUGCCCAGAUCCUGUCUUCGAUAUUUCAAAAGCUGUCGACAAAAUAGAGAAACUCGUGAUCAAGUUAUUGAACUCGCAUAGACCUGUAGAUGUUAACAAACCGAGUGUUUUAUGCAACAUUCCCUCAUUCAUGCUUUAUGAAAAACAUGAAGAAUAUGCUGGCUUUUUUUCCCAUUUGAAUUAUCUCCCUAUCUGAUAUGAUUCGUGUGCAUGUGACUUCAUAGUCAAUAUGAUAUAGCCAAGUAAACCUAAAUGUUUUACUUGUUACUUGAUAAAAUUCAUAAAACAGGAUAUAGAUGUGAAUUGAAAAGUGUCUUAUUUUUUAAC